AUGGUCUUUUCGCGGCGAACAACCUAUAUUCUACAUCAACAUCUGUACAAGCUUUCCCUCUGGGCGGUGCGACAUCCGCUACUGGCGAUACUGAUUCCUUUCAUAACUCUCUUCAUCAUUGCAUGUCCCACACUGGCGUGCAUAUGGCAGGACAAAGGCUUUUCGAAUCACUACCUGAGUAAGAUUGAUGUACAGACACAAGGCACGGGGUCCUCGUCGAACUUCUCACUGACACAGAUAUGGAUAUCACAGGCACCAAAGGAAAAUAUUCUUGGGAAGUCGUCGCUGCUUGAGUCGCUAGCGAUUCAGAACAAGCUUGUCCGAGGCGUGCUUGCAGAGCACGAUGUUGAUACAGUGCAAACACCAUUUCAGUCGUGGAACAACUCCGUCGAUCUUCUAUACAGAGACCCAUACCCGCUGAAAACCCUCAACUCUAAGAUAGACGAAAUCCCUCAUAGCUUGUUAAGAAACGCAUUGAAAGUCAAUGGAUUUUUCACUUCCGCCGAGACGCUUGUCGUGAACAUUUUGGCGCCAGCCGAGAAGCAGCUUUCCUUGAGAUCACAACUUCAAGAGAAUGUUGCAGAACUAAGUGGUAUCGCGAACGUAACAGGCUAUCAGGUUUUUACGUCAGAUGCGAAAGACCACGAAAGUACUUUCGAAGGUGUACUCAAACUGGACAUUCAGUCAGUGACAGCUGGAGACAUUUUGAUGGGUGUACUUAUUCUUCUGUUAAGUUUUCUGCAAUUUUACCAAAAGUAUAACGUUGUCGCCAAGGUGAAUUCUAAACUGGGGAUGUCUGUGGCAAUAGUUGCCCAAAUAGUGCUCAGUGUUGCAGCAUCCAAUACACUGACUGUGCUCCUCUUUGGAAAAACUGAAGGCAGUAUCCCAUUCUUUUCGAUGUGGUUCCCCGUACUAUUAAUCUCCUCAAGCGGACUGCUCGAAAGACUCUCAGAGACCGCUGGCUCAGCAUUAACACAAAGUCCUCUCUUGCUGUCAUCUGAGACAGAUUCUGACACCGGCCACGCCUCAACGAAAAGUUACGUCGAUGCUUCAGUCAAAGCUAGUAUUUCACUUUUCAAGACAGUCAUAACGAGCUUACUAUUGAGUAUACUUUUGUUUCCUUUCAAUAGGCGCACCAGCUUUUUUUUGUCAGUUGCAUUUCUAAGCUGCUUGCUCGUUCAGGUUACGGCGUUCACCGCAAUAUUGAGUUCAGACUACCAACGGUUGAAGAGAAGUGAGCGCCUCUUUCAGGAUGGCGGUGACCACAAUGUCUCUCAAUAUCUGGAUGAUCAUAGCACACUUUUCAAUGAGCCAAGCAUGAAGUCCUAUCUCAGUUCAAUUCUCGAUGGUCAUGUAUCGAUUUUCUCACAUUGUAUUACAGUACUUAUGAUCUUCCAGUACAUCGUCAAUCUGAGGUAUCGACUAGUCCGGACUUCAUCGUCACUAAUAUACAAAGUACUACAUGGACAAUUCUCGAUCAUGGAUCCUUUUAAAUCAUCAAGUUUAGUGCCCUUGGUUGAAAUGGACUCUAUCUUGAAAUUAGUACUAGCUAAUCACGGAACUGGAACAUAUUACAUUUCAAAGUCAUCAGAUGACAGGAUUCUUGUUCUGAAAACCGGCUUAGAGGAGUUCAAAAACUAUCGCAAUGACGUUGUUAGCGCAUUUCAGCCACUUGUGUCUUCUUACAAGUUCGACCUGUACUUCUUUUUCGAGUUCAGUGUCAUGGUAGUACUCAUCUCUUCAAUUGCGGUAUUGAUGGUUCAGACGCUCCUCGAUAAAUUACAAGCUUGGCCCCAACUAAAUGAGCACAGGGCUUCGGAAUAUGAUGCCAAAUUACUCACGGCGCAAGACUCUCUGGCUCCGAGCCAUACGAGCGGCUCCUCUUUUCAUACUAAGGAACUGUCGCUUGGUGGGCAUACUUUGGACAUCAUGAGCAUUUCAACCUCAGAUUCGCCAUUUAUAUUCUCUAUUGGUAUGGACCGCAAACUUUUGAUAUGGUCACCUCUAUCACACCCUGCACCAAUACCCACUGAAAUUCCCCUAAAUAGGCAGAUGUGGCCUGUGCUCAGAGUUGUUACAAGCUUCAACGGCAAUUUCACUGCCGUGUUUGGUAAAUCGGGACGCAUAUCAUGCUGGUCAAGGAAGAGUUUUAGUUUCAUUUGGUCUACGAAAGUUGACUUCAAAAACAAUGACCUUCUUGAGUCAUUCUUUCGAACAAGAACUACGCCCGCGUUUCUUAAAAAGCGCAUUACUUCCACUGCUAAACAUCAGGGAAAAAAAGACCUCCUCGCGAGUUCUAUGAGAAGACGCGACAGUACAGCCUCGAUUUCAUCAUUGAAAUCAGCAUCUUCGGCCGCUCCUGCUUUUGUUUCUCAAUAUGGAGACACUAAGUCUCUCCCGGAUACAACAGAAGAGGAGGACAUUGAGCUUGUUUUUGUGACCGCCUGUGGAACUAUUUAUAAUAUUGAUGUGGUGGGUAAAGUAACAAAUUUUCAAGUCACCAACUCUGCAAGUCCACUUGUAUCUUGCAAAAAGUUGACCACUCCAAGAGUCAAUGAUCGGCUCAUCAUAUGCGACAAACAAGGUGAUAUUUAUAUUUCCACAGUUGUGAACAACAAGUGGAGACCAAGAAAGCUUGUUUUAAUUCGGAACGCGUUUAACAGAGGCCAAAAGCUCAUGACGCCUGCAACUUUGAUGCGUCACAUUCAUCAAGAAGGUGAGCAGAAUGCUGAACAGGAACAACCGUCAGUGAAGGACAUUAAAGCCACACUUCUUGUACCAUUUGUCGGUAUGCUUUUACUAGCAAGAGAGAACGAAGCUGAUUUGGUAGAUGCCCAGACAGGGACGGUGAUCAAAACUUUCAAACUUGCAAAUUUCAUGCCAGGCUCGCUACGCAUAUUUCAUGACCAACCAACGCACUGUAAAUUCUGCGGAAGUGCGUCAGUGGCUACUCUUUCUAUCGCUUACACGGAGCGUUACACGUCUAAUCUGGUCUUGAGCACCUUCAAACUAGAGAGCCGAACUAAAACCAGCAUUUGCCUACGUGUAGAAAGAGAUCCUAGAGAAAUUCGCUGUCUUGGGCUUGAGUCGGUUGUCGAAAGAAAGUACUUUCUUCCAGAUAUCGACAAGUGGGAUGCAACGGAUAACAACGUCAUUAUUGGUCUGAAAAGGAAGGAGAAAGACCGAUCAGCAACGUCAGAGUCCAAGUCAAUGAUGAGAAGUGCUUCUGAGGACGUGAAAGCAGGUGAAUUGAGAUUGAGGGGAAGGCUCGAAAGUCGGAGCAUGAAACCGUCAAAAUCUGCAGAAUACAACAUCCACGAUAUUUGGGAGGGUUGGACCAUGACGGUCAAUGGGCAGGUAACCUACUAUAAGAUUCCUGUAGGCGUAAAUGGUCUUUUAACAAACAGAAUUGGUCCUUUUGAAAAGUUUGGCGCCAAGUCAAUGGUAGCUUCAUUUGGUAACGUAAUGAAACUAUUUUACUUGGGACACGAAGAGUCUAUCAUGGCACCAGAAGGGGUGGGGUCAAACGAAGAGGAAUCAGGGCUUAAAUUUGUAAAUAAAAGGAGGCAACGCCUCAACGAGAAAAAAAUCUCGAUAAACUAUGGUCAACUUUGA